CUGCGGUCGGCGGGCUCCAGUUACAGCGGCAGCACAAAUGCUUUUGGCGACCAACAGCUUGAGGUGGACGUGCAAGUCGACCGGUUGAUUUUUGAGCGGCUGGCCAGCUGCAGCGCCGUCCAAGGGGCGGGCAGCGAGGAGCAGCCGGAGAUCAGAACGCUGAGCGGCAGCGGCUACACGGUGGUCUUUGAUCCGCUGGACGGUAGCAGCAUCAUGGGGGCCAACUUUGCCGUAGGAACCAUAUUUGGAAUCUGGCCGGGGGCCAGCCCCGUGGGUCGCGCAGGUCGACAACAAGCAGCAGCAGCGUACGCAGUGUACGGACCGCAGACGAUAUUGGUCUGGGCCAAGCCGAGAACAGGCGCAUCUUCUGCCAACAUCCACGGCACACACGAAGUGCAUGAAUUUCUGCUGCAGGGCGAUGGGACAUGGCGCCUGCAGCGGGCGGGUGUUGCGAUAGGAUCCGUCAGCCGCACCUUUGCGCCUGCCAACCUGCGGGCCGCCGGCAGCAAUGAGGAGUAUGCAGCGCUCGUGCGGCGCUGGAUUGACGCCGCCUUCACGUUAAGAUACACGGGCGGGAUGGUGCCCGACGUGCACCACAUCCUGGCGAAGGGCAGCGGUGUUUUCUGCAAUCCAUGUUCGGAAGCCGCACCGGCGAAGCUGCGUUUGCUCUUUGAGUGUGCCCCCCUGGCAUUCAUCGUUGAGGCGGCGGGAGGUUGCAGCACGACUGGGCAGUGCUCCGUGCUGGACGUGGCCGUACGGACGCCCAACGACCGCUCGAAGAUUUGCCUUGGGUCCAGUCAGCUGGUUGAGGAAAGCCUACCCGCCAUGCAGGCUGCGUGA